AAACAUAAAUGGAGCAGAGUAGAAUAGAAUAGAAAUUAGCAGUGAUUUGGGAAAAAAGCAUGUGUAUAGCGGUAUUCAUAUGGAAAGCGCAUCCGCUCUAUCCCUUCCUCGUAUUCCUCAACAGAGAUGAAUACCACCAUCGUCCAACGAAACCUUUGUCAUGGUGGGAAGAUAGUGAUAUACUUGGUGGAAGGGAUGAAGUUGCUGGUGGGACUUGGCUGGCUUGUACUCGCUCCGGAAGAGUUGCUUUCCUUACUAAUGUUCGCGAAAUCAACUCAAAUUCAGAUACCAAGAGUAGGGGAGACCUUCCCGUUCGAUUCUUGAAGAGUGUAAAGAGCCCUCAUGAUUUUUCAGAGCAACUUUUGAAAGAAGCAGGUGAAUAUAAUGGGUUUAACUUGAUAGUAGCUGAUCUUUGUUCAAUGACCAUGCUUUAUAUAACCAACCGACCAAAAGACAGUGGUAUGUCCGUGACUGAGGUUUCACCCGGUAUUCAUGUUUUAUCAAAUGCAACACUAGACUCUCCAUGGCCUAAGUCUCAACGUCUGGAGUGCAGUUUCAAGCAAUUAUUGGAUCAAUAUGGCGAAUCUGAAAUUCCAAUAGGACAGGCAGCUGAAAGACUAAUGAGAGACUGUGCUAAAGAAGAUAGCAACCUGCCAGGCAUCUAUUCCCCCGAGUGCGAGUAUCAGUUGAGCUCCAUAUUCGUUGACACUGAAAUGUCCAUGGGGCGUUUUGGCACAAGAAGCACUUCUUCACUGAUAGUGAGAAGUUCUAGUGACGCAACCUUUUAUGAAGCGUAUCUUGAGAAGGAUGUAUGGAAGGAGCAGCAGAUGACCUUUGUAAUUGAGAAAAUAAUAGAAGGUGUUGUUUCUAUGUCCGAAUGUGUUCUCCGAACAUGAACUACCAAGAUCCAGACAAGCCAAUGUUUGUGAUCUUUCCCAUGGAUAAAGCGCAGAGUUAUCUUCCUGUCCCUAUCUGCAUAAUCAAAUACUAUUUUAGUUAUCCUAUGUUGAAUUUCAUUUCACUUGAUCCAGGACCUCCUUGCAAAAUCUUCUAUGGAUGAUGCGAUGGUUCUGCUUAUUAAGAGGUACCAUAUUAGUUUAUAUCUAAAUCUUAGCUGCUGGCAUUAGAGUAAGUGUUGCAGCUAGUGUUGUAUAAUAUGAAUGUACUAGUAAAUGUGCACUUGCCAGGCACUGAUACUGAUUUAUGAAAGGCAUAAUUAAAAAAAAUGGUCAUAAUUUCCA